GUCGGAGCGUCGGAGCGGAAUAAGUGUGACACGCUGACAAAACAUCAACAAUGUGAAAGGAAGGUUCUUUGACCCGGUUUUAGAGGGUGAACCAGGAUGGCCAUCCGUCGUGUUCCACUGGUCUUAUUGGCCUGUGGGUCUUUUAACCCCAUCACCAACCAGCACAUGAGGCUGUUCGAGCUGGCCAGGGACCACAUGCACAGCACAGGCCAGUACCAGGUGGUGGGUGGCAUCGUGUCUCCAGUGAGUGACGGCUACGGAAAGCAAGGCCUGGUACUGGCUAAGCAUCGCAUUGCUAUGGCGAAGCUGGCACUGCAGAGCUCCAACUGGGUCACAGUUGAUGAAUGGGAGAGCCAGCAGCCGGACUGGACUGAGACAGUGGUCACUAUGAGGUAUCAUUAUGGGCGUAUUCUGAAAGAGUUUAAGCAGAACAAUGGGACACACUAUGACUCCAAUGGAAACAUCACUCCUCUCUCAAGUCCGUCUCCGCAGCUGAAGCUUCUGUGCGGAGCUGAUUUCCUCGAUACCUUCAAGAUCCCAGGCUUGUGGCGGGACGACCACGUGGAGGAGCUGGUCGGGCAUUUUGGUCUGGUCUGCGUCAGUCGAGGGAGGCUGCAGCCCGAGCGGGCCGUGCACGAGUCGGACACGCUGUCCAGCCACAGAGAAAACAUUUUCCUCGUGAGGGAAUGGGUGAGGAACGAGACAAGCGCCACCGAGGUCCGCCGAGCACUGAGGCGAGGCCUCAGCGUGAAAUACCUGAUCCCAGACUCUGUGAUAGAAUACAUUCACCAGCACAACCUCUACACGGAGGACAGCGAGAGGAGGAACGAGGGCGCAGUGCUGAGGCCACUCAUCAAGCAGGCGCACAAACCAGUCAAGAGUCUGGACGACCGAGUGGACACCCUGCCCCUUCCCCCCUCCUACCACUGUCUAAAGUCUACACACACAUCAGCGUCACCGGCUGCCAUCAUGCCUGCAGACUUCAGUGGAAAAUGGAUACUGGAAACCAGUGACAAAUUUGAGGAGUACUUGAAAGUGUUGAAUAUUGACUUUGCUACCAGGAAAAUUGCCAUCUCCCUGUCUCAGACCAAAGUGGUGACCCAAGACGGAGAGCAGUUUGAAUUCAAAACACUGAGCACCUUCAGGAACUACGAGCUCGCCUUCACUGUGGGGGUGGAGUUUGACGAGUACACCAAGGGACUGGACAACAGAAACAUCAAGAGUUUGGUAACCUGGGAGGGGGACAAGCUGGUGUGCACUCAGAAGGGCGAGAAGACCAACCGUGGCUGGAAACACUGGAUCGAAGGAGACAAACUCUACCUGGAGCUGACGUGUGAAGAUGUAGUUUGUCUUCAGGUGUUCAAGAGGAAAGAAUAAUUUCUGGUUUUACUUUCAUUGACUCAGUUUCCAAAAUCAAGCUUUGCCUCUCAGUACAACUUUACUUUUUCCAAAACAUAUGAAAGAGAAUGAAUGAAUAAAGCUGCUUUGAGAAUACA